GUUGUCUAUCCAGAAGAUAUGUGUCUCGAAGGAUAUACAGCCACCGCGGUCUUGGCCCGAGACCCGUGCGAAGCCCUCAGUCCGGUCAGGCUGGUCGAAAAGAUGUAUAUUUGCAACGAGGGCAACAAGGUCGAGCUUGGAUGUUGACCACCAACCUGUAUCCCUAAGUCAAGUUACAUCAGCAAUUCCUCGUCAUUCUGAUCAUGUUCAACACAGCUUCCAGUUUCUCCUUCCUGAAGUUCCUGGUGGUGGCAGGUGUUGGUCUGUUUGGUGAUGGGUACCUGAACCUGAGCAUUGGACUUGCUGUUCCCAUGCUCGGAUAUCUAUACUUUCAAGAUGACAAGAACGCGGUCCCUACAGUACCAGCCGACACGAUCAAAGCAUCGCUCUCUAUGGGCAUGAUCGUGGGUCAGAUCGGUUUCGGAAUCUUUGGCGAUGCCCUGGGCCGUCAUAGAAUCUACGGCAAAGAGCUCAUGUUGACAAUACUUGGUACCUUGUUGGUUGUCCUGAUGCCCUGGAGGGGCUUCUCGCACCAUGAUGUUAUCGCGUGGAUGUCUGUGUUUCGAGUGGUGACGGGUAUUGGCAUCGGCGGAGACUAUCCGAUGACCUCAGCUUUGUCGGCCGAACACAAUCCUCUGCGGUCUCGGGCCAAACUUGUUCUGACAGUGUUUGCCUCUAUCGGUCUCGGAGGCAUGACCUCAGGCAUAGUCUACCUCAUCCUCUUGGCUGCCUUCAAAUCUUCUGUCAAUGGCAACAUCUACCACCUGCAAUGGGUGUGGAGGUUGUUGUUCGGCAUCGGACUUGUUCCCCUCAUCAUUACGCUAUAUUUCCGUUUGACUAUGCCUGAGAGCACACCCUAUCGACAAUAUGUCGCCGAGGAGACAUCUCUCAAGAAGGACGGCAAACGAGGCCUGCAUGAACAAUUCCGAGAUUUCCGGGAGUAUUUCUCAGAGUGGAAGCAUGCCAAAGUCCUGUUUGCCGUCAGCAUGUGCUGGUUCCUCUUCGACAUUGCCUUCUACGGUGUCAACCUCAACCAGAGCAUCGUGCUCUCGAGAAUUGGCUACGGCAAGGGGCCCACACCAUGGCACACCCUGUGGAAUACUGCCGUUGGCAACAUUAUCGUAGCGGCUGCGGGGUAUCUCCCAGGCUACUAUAUCGGAAUCUUCCUGCCGGACUGGAUCGGGCGCGUGAAGCAGCAAUUCUACUGCAGCGCGCUCGUCGCAGUCCUGUACGCCAUCUGGGCGGGCGUACUCAACCACAGCUCCACCGCCGGCUUGGUAACGCUGUUCACACUGUCGCAACUAGUCCUCAACAUGGGACCCAACUGCACGACCUUUCUCAUCCCGGUUGAAGUCUUCCCGACCCGCGUCCGCGGCACAGCGCACGGUAUCGCCGCAGCGUCGGGCAAGGCGGGCGCGAUGGUGACUGCGUUUUCGUUUGGCUCGCUCACGGACGCCAUUGGCCUGCCUGCCGUCCUCGGAAUUCUGUCCGGGAUCAUGGCGCUCACUGCCCUGUGCACCCUGUUGAUCCCCGAGACCAAAGGCCGUACCCUCGACGAGAUCGAACAGGGGGUCAUCUAUGGUGUCAAAUCCAGCACCGAUGGCGGCACGUCGAGCGCAGGCGUGUCUCCGGUGCUGGAUGGCAAGACAAAAAUCCAUGUGAACGCCGAUGGCAAGGGCAGGGACCUCGAGUCUAUGUGA